CCCAGCCUCUGGCCGGAGCGGUCGGUUAAUGAUUUAAUCACCCGCUUGGGGCGGCUGAACUGCGCCGGGCCGUCUCUGGCUCCGCCCCCUCCCUGCAGCGCCCCCAGUCGGAGGUACAAAACUGCCCCUGCCUGCGGCACGUCCCCCAGAGCGCCCCUGCAGGUCGGGCCGCCGCCGCGCUGUGAUCUCCUAGUUAGUACCCCUUCUACCCACCGGACUGCAGAUCUGACCCGACCUCCCUGCUGCCUUCGGGGGGCUGCCUCCCCUCCGCACCUCCAGCAAGAUGCCAAUCCUCAAGCAGUUGGUGUCCAGCUCCGUGCACUCCAAGCGCCGCUCCCGGGUGGACCUCACGGCCGAGAUGAUAAGCGCCCCACUGGGUGACUUCCGCCACACCAUGCACGUGGGCCGGGCGGGGGACGCCUUUGGGGACACCUCCUUCCUCAACAGCAAGGCUGGAGAGCUGGAUGGUGAGUCCCUGGACGAGCAGGCCUCCUCCUCGUCCUCCAAACGCAGCCUCCUGUCCCGGAAGUUCCGGGGCAGCAAGCGGUCGCAGUCGGUGACCAGGGGGGACCGGGAGCAGAGGGACAUGCUGGGCUCCCUGCGGGACUCAGCCCUGUUCGUCAAGAAUGCCAUGUCCCUGCCCCAGCUGAACGAGAAGGAGGCCUCGGAGAAGGGCUCCAGCAAGCUGCCCAAGAGCCUGUCGUCCAGCCCGGUGAAGAAGGCAAGCACCGGAGAGGGCGGCCAAGAGGAGUCCGGAGUUGCGGAGGAGGGACUCCGGCGGAACGGGGCCACGGCCCCCCACUCCCCCGACCCCCUCCUCGACGAGCAGGCCUUCGGGGACCUGACGGAUCUGCCUGUCGUGCCCAAGGCUAGCUUUGGGCUGAAGCAUGCUGAGUCCAUCAUGUCCUUCCACAUCGACCUGGGCCCCUCCAUGCUGGGCGACGUCCUCAGCAUCAUGGACAAAGAGGAGUGGGGGCCGGAGGAGGAGGAUGGCGGUUACCGUGGUGACCAAGUCCCCCAGGCUCCCGCUCUGGCAGCGGCAGCUCCUCCCCUGGCAAGGCAGGAAGGCGAGGUGGGCCCAGACCUGCCCCCGCUGCCCGCCCAGGCCCUGCAGGACGAGGGCUGGGCAGCGGCAGCCCCCAGCCCCGGCUCGGCCCGCAGCGUGGGCAGCCACACCACGCGCGACAGCAGCUCGCUGUCCAGCUGCACCUCGGGAGUCCUGGAGGAGCGCAGCCCUGCCUUCCGGGGGCCAGACAGGGCCCAGGCCACUCUCCCCAGGCAGCCUGACAAGGAGUUCUCCUUCAUGGACGAGGAGGAGGAGGAUGAGAUCCGAGUGUGAGGUGGGCAGGCGGCCGCACCCAGCCCUUGGCUGCAUCUCCUCCCUGCCCAGCCCUCCACCACCUCCACCUCCCUCCCCACGCAGGGGCCGCCAAGAGCCUGGCCUCAGCCCCAGACCCUGGACCUCAUGGACGAGGGGCAUCGGCUGAGCCCGGGAGCCUGCAGAUGUGGGGAGCUGGCACAGGUGCCGACGGGGUGCCCGGCUGCGUUGCCCUCCCUGCCCCCUGGGCUCUGGACGGAGUUGCGUUCUCAUAGCAGGAAUGUUUGGCCUUUCCUCCACCCUGGCCUCCAAUGGAUGCCAGAUGUCAACUGAGUUCCAGCCUCAUGUAGCAAAAGCAGGUCCGCUCCAGGGGACAGCCUGGGUGCCAGAGCAAAGGACACUUGCUCACCUUUUCUCUCCUGGCCUUUUUGCUCUGAGCCAUGGUAACUGUGUCGCAGGAGGAGAGUGUUGGUCCCUGUCCCUCCUUCCCCAUCCCUGGCUCCUGCACCGGAAGUCUGGAACCCCUUGGGGUAAAGCCCGAUGGAACUGUGCACUAAACGCGACCCCUUCCGGGGAAGAACACAGGAUGGCAAAGGAAGGCCACAGGCCUCUUGAAAUUUCAAGAAGGGGCUCUUCCAGGAUGACACUAGGAAUAGCCCGCGGCAUUGCUUGGUCCCUAUGGACUUGUUUAUUCAUUCUUGUUACGUUUAAAUCCUUGUAGCGCAAUAUCAAGAACAGUGUUAAUAGGUAGGUGUGCCACCAGAAGGAAAGCCAAAUCCUUCUAGAAAACCUUUAUACUAAGUGCUUCCAAACUUUAUUUAGAACUAUAUGGGGUGAGCGUCUGUGUGUUGCCCCAGCCCCCAGCCCCCACCCCUCAUUGCUAUUAACAACCAAAGGCACCUAGCGUAGGAAAGUUCUGGAAGAUAGUUUUUAAAAGAUAUUCCUAUGGAGGGAUAAACACUUUUUGGGCUGGGUUGUUCUCUCCCCACUGCCUCCUGUUCUGCUACUUUUCCCUCAUUUCUCAGGCUUCUGCCUGCUGAACCCCGUCCCCUACUCAUAGGGUUGCCAAAUUUAGCAACAAAAUAGAACAAAAACCAGAAUGCUAAGCUAAAUUGGAAUUUCAGGCUCACAAAGGACAACUUUUUCAUAUAAGUAUGCCCAUGCCGUUUUUUUGGAGGGAGCAUAUUUAUGUUAAACAAGUAUUUGUUCUGAAAUCAAAUUUCACUCUGCUUCCUGUAACCCUGCCCAAGGGGAUUGAGUAGGAGCUUGGGUAUGAGCCCUGGGGUUAACUGAUGAUUAUUUUUCUGCCCUGGGAACAGGCUGACCCUCCUUCUGUCCCCUGGUAGCCAGCGGGGCAAGAGGGACAGAUAGACCCACCGUAGGGUCCAGCCCCGAGCUGGUGGGCAUGGCCACUCCAGCCUCCUUUUUUUGCCAGAUCCUGAUCCAGACACUAAUGUAGAUCCUGUUUGCAGCCUCCAGCCAUGCUCCAUUUCCAGUGGGGUGGCUCCCGCGGUGGGGCAGGUUCAGAGGCGUGUGCAACCCCCACCAGCUGCCCUUGAAACCCAUCCAGACAAUGGUCAGUUCCAGAUUCUAAACUGUAUAUAUUUUUUUCAUGAUACUGUUAAGACAGCAAGGAAACAUUAAACAAGCCCUAUAGCA